AAAUAACGUGCCGUAAAAACAAACAGCGAUCAUAUAAUCUUGUUUAAAAAGCUAACAAAAUAAUUUUUUGUCAGCUCGCCAAAUAUAGCAAGUGCAGCGAAGUGUUUUACGAGGGACUCAUUCUAAAUAUUUUUUUUACGCAAGACGUGAAAAUAAAACAUAAAAUAUAUAUCUUGUUAAUGUAUAUUAAAACAAACUGAGACCGACGGAAGCAGAAGGUGCCGUGUGCAGCGGCGAGCGUGUAUAGUAAAGACUCGUGCUGAAAAGCAAGGGCGGCAAAAGUAAAGUAAAUCGAAUAUUAUUUCAAAGAAGCCCUUUUACCCGCACGGCUAAAAAAUGUUCGCGGUUAUGCAAAUCGACAACGAUUCGCGCGCGCACGACUUCGGUCGCCGCAAGGUUCGGCCCAAGUGCGAGUUCGUGUGCCGCUACUGCCAGCGCCGCUUUACCAAGCCCUACAACCUGAUGAUACACGAGCGCACGCACAAGUCGCCUGAGCUCGCCUUCUCCUGCGAGGUCUGCGGCAAAUCCUUCAAACGCCAGGAUAACUACCGCCAGCACAGAUGCAAUCAGUGCAUCUGGCGGUGAGGAGCGGGCGUGCCAUGGGCAGUUGUCCGCGCGGCGGGUGGUGUGGGUGGCAGCACGGCUUGUGGUGGGUUGGUGACGGAACAGUAACACGACAAACAAAACAUACAUACACACUUGACACAAACAACUCAAUACCAAAUUAG